CUCUGGAAUUGGCUCAGCAGCGCUAAGGAGGUUACACGACGACAGACGGUGAAACAGUCUAGGAGUUUUGAACGGGGGAUACGUUGACAAUUGGAGAGUUUUGUCCGAAGAGCAACCGGCCAUGAGUUGGGGAAUAGAUCUUUGGGACCAGUUUGAUAACCUCGACAAGCAUACACAAUGGGGGAUCGACUUCCUGGACAGAUAUGCAAAAUUUGUGAAGGAGCGGCUGGAAAUCGAACAGGCAUAUGCAAAGCAAUUAAGGAACCUGGUGAAGAAAUACUGCCCGAAACGUUCCAAAGACGACGAGCCCAGGUUCACAUCCUGCAUCUCCUUCUACUCUAUCCUGAACGAGCUGAAUGACUACGCAGGUCAGAGAGAGGUCGUUGCCGAGGAGAUGGGACACAAGGUGUAUGGUGAGCUGAUGAAAUACUCACAGGACCUUAAGUGUGAGAGGAAACAUCAUCUUCAGGAAGGCAGAAAGGCACAACAAUAUUUGGACCACUGUUGGAAACAGAUGGACAGUAGCAAAAAGAAGUUUGAGCGGGAAUGUAAAGAAGCCGAGAAAUGCCAGCUGCUCUAUGAGAGGCUGGACAACGACAUCAACGCCACCAAGUCAGAAGUGGAGAAGGCCAAGGCCCAGCUGUACCUUAGAACACACAUGGCGGACGAGAGCAAGAACGAGUACGCCGCCCAGCUGCAGACUUUCAACCGCGAGCAAUGGAAACACUUCAACUCGGCAAUCCCACAGAUCUUCAAGAACCUGCAGGACAUGGACCAGCAGCGGACAGUGAAGCUGGGUGAGACGUACCGGAGCUUUGCCGAGGUGGAGCGCCGUGUCGUGCCCAUCAUCUCCAAGUGCCUGGAGGGAAUGGUGUCGGCUGGAAAGGCCGUGGACGAGAGGAAGGAUUCAACCAUCGUGGUGGAGUCCUUUAAGUCCGGCUUCGAGCCUCCGGGCGACUUCCCCUUCGAGGACUUCAGCCAGAACAUCCAGCGCACCGGGUCGGACGGAACCAUCGGCACGCCCAAGAACGAGGGCGGCAAACCCGACCCCAAACACUCAAUAAGCAAAGCCAAGAACAAGCUCUGGCUCUUUGGUAAAAAACCAAAGGCUCCGACGCUGGAAGACUUCAGCCACCUGCCCCCCGAACAGAGACGCAAGAAGCUGCAGCAGAGGAUCGAGGAGCUCAACAAAGAACUGCAAAAAGAAGUCGACCAAAGAGACGCACUAAACAAGAUGAAGGACGUGUAUGAGAAGAACCCGCAGAUGGGUGACCCCAGCAGUCUGCAGCCCAAGAUCUCGGAGACCAUGUGCACUAUGGAGCGACUGCGCUCUGAGAUCCACAAAAAUGAGAGCUGGUUGUCGGAGGUGGAGGGGAAGCAGAGCUCCCGCAGUGACCGCCGGCCCAGUGCAGAUGUGAACCAUCAUGCACCUCACGGGAGAGAGAGCCCCGAGGGUAGUUACACAGAUGACCCCAGUCAGGAGCACCGCAGCCCCCCUCAGCCGGACCCCCACGAGUUUGACGACGAGUUUGAUGAUGAUGACCCACUACCAGCCAUUGGCCACUGCAAAGCACUCUAUGCAUUUGAUGGUGCAAACGAGGGCACGCUGGUGAUGAAGGAGGACGAGGUGUUGUAUGUGAUCGAGGAGGACAAGGGCGACGGCUGGACGCGUGCGCGCAAGCAGAGCGGUGAGGAGGGCUACGUGCCCUCCUCCUAUGUGGACAUCACGCUCGAGAAGAACAGCAAAGGUUCCUGAGUGGAGGUGGUGGGGUGUGUGUUGGUGAGGCAUUUUGGUGGAGGGCGCACACGGCUCUCGCUCUUUAAGGGGGGUGGGGUGGGUUGAGGGGGGUUGAAGGAGCGUUGGCAGGACGAAGGAGUGGGGUGGACGAUGAUGAGAGGACAGGGAAGAGGUAGCAGAGGAAAGAAAGCCCCUUAGACAAGCAGGAAGCAUGUUUGCAUGCAAAUCCAUCUUUCACUUUGACCAUCCACCCUUCCAUUCCUCUAGCAGCACCAGAGACGUCUAGGAGAGAGAAAGAGAGAAAGAAAGAAAGAAAGAAAGAAAGAAAGAAAGAAAGAAAGAAAAAAAGAAAGAAAGAAAAAGAAAGAUGGAAGAGAGCAAGAAACAAAAGAACUGGGGUGGGAAGGGGAGGGGGGUGUUAUCUUAAAGCUCCAGGUAGGAAAGAAUCAGAUAGUCGUCAUAAAUCAUCCUUUGCAAAGUCCAGCAUGCAUUGCUCUUCAUCUCCUCUCCAGUGAGUGCGUCUGGCCCCCCGGCCAUCCAUGGCGUCCUCCAAUAACAGCCUGCCUUAUAGCUUUUAUCUGCUGCAGCCUCCCCCUGUGUCCAGCCCACGCUGGGGGUGAGAUACCAGCCGUCCUGCCUCUGCCAUUCUGUAUGCUCACUGUGUCUUCCUCUGCUCGUGCCUGAACACUGUGUCUCUUUUACCCCGCAACCCUCCCAGACAACUCUGUCUGGGCAUCUCCAGGUCCACUCCUGUCCACUCAUGUUUUGUCAUGUCAUGACUCUUCCUCUUUUCCUUUCUCUUGUCAUGAAUGCUUUGGUCAUGUUUUAGUUUUUUCUUAUGUUACUGUUGACCCGUUGCCUUGCCGACGCCACCAUCUUGAAUGUUAACACCAUGUCAUGUAACCCCACGCCAUCGCAUCGCAUCGCAUCGCAUCGCAUCUUUGCUGUUCACCAGACGCUCCUGAGUCUCUAGAAGCAGAUCAGGAGAGCAGUAGCUACUGCUGACCCCAAAACACCCCCCUCUCCCUUCUCCAACCCCACCUCCCCCUCACUGCGCCAGUGCUGCAACCAGUGGAGGACUUCUACAGUACCAUCCCACACCACCAGAGGGUGCUCCAACACCGUGCAGAGCAGCAGCAGCAGCAGCAGCACCAGCACCAGGUGGUCUGGAGGUCCUCAAGCGUGGAUGAUGGAGAACUCCCAGUCCCCUUCCUCUCCACACAAAGAGAGCGCUGACCGCAGAUCCACACUGACCAACACAACACCACUGUCUACAGCCCAGCCCAGCCCAGCCCAACCAAGCUCAGCCUAGUGCCUUGAUGUUGUCCUAACCAUGUUCAAAUGGAUGAGGUGUGGAGUGAAUAUCAGUCCAUCUCUUGCUCCGCUCCUCACCACGAGGGCGGGGGGCGCUGGGGGGGGGGUCAGGUAGGGGGAGAUGGAAUGUUGUCACCGGUGCUCCCUCCCCCAACCAUGCCCUAUGUUUGGUGCCCCCUGCUGGCGAGUGGCAGAGAAGCCCUUCCCAUCUCUUUUCAACUCUUGCAAUAUCACAGGUGCUUGGCAGAUAUAAACACACACACACACAGACACACACACUGGUGCUCACGACUGCUUCCCCAAACCAGUGAACCGCAAUCAUCAGAAUAAUAUACAUAUUUUCUAAAGUGUCUGUUUAUCGUGAAUGUGAUCAUUUUUUUUUGUUAUUGUUUUGAAAUAUGCAUACACAACUCAUGCAUAUGUGCACAGCAAGGUCGCCGUGCUUAUGCCUGUAAGGUAUGUUUGAUUUGCCUACUCUGAUUUUAUACAUUACGGAAAUCAUUUUUAACCUUCUCUCAUUCCAUACUGAAUGUGUUUUUUAUCUUCAUGACUUUUUAAAUGGGGGGGAGGGGUGCAAUAAGCAAGCAUUUUUCACCUCUCAUGAUUGUGCUGUUAGCCCAUUGUAACCAUGCUCUUCUGACUAGAGACCUGGUCUUGACUAAUGCACUUUUUUACCCUAUAGCAUUUGAAAUAAUAAUGAAUAAAUUAAUGAAUGAUGUCGUUCCUUUAUGCUACCUUUUUAUUGCUUCUUUCCUUUUGUAAAAAUGUACAGUCCAGGCAGCAGUGACCACUAUGGUAUGGGAUGUCUUGAAAAGCUUGGGAUGUAUUUCAGCUUCCUCCCCG